AUGAAACGAGGUUCUUUUAAUGAAAUUUGCAUAAAAAUUUCAUUUCUUGUUUAUACAUUGGGAGCGCCAAGUUUUCGACGUGAAUUAUUCAUUGCUCUAGUUCCAAGAUCUGUUCGUCAACAAUUUCAUAAUCGAACAGGAAUAACAAUAUUACAACAAACUGAUAAUUCUACAGGAAAAAUCUCUUAUAUUCGAUCACGUGAAGAAGUAUUAUUGAAUGAUUGUAAUCGAUGA